GAGCGUGGUGGUUUAGCUGGAAAUGCCGGAGAUGGGUGGCAGAGGCCGGCCGAGAAAGAAAGAUGCGCCGCCUAAGGGUGGUGCUGCAACAAAAACAGAUCUAAAAGAUGAUAAUGGGGAGCAAAAUAGCAUCCAAGUUGGGGAAACCAACAAAGAGCAAAUUGAAGCCGUGAAGCCUGAUGCUUGCGAUCCAAACCAGAUGGGUCUCGAAAUUGAGGAAUCAGGGCGUUUGAGUCCAGAUCUAGGGGAGAAAGAAGGGGACGCUGAAGGAAUUUUGCUAGAUCUAGCAGUUUCGAUGCAAGGCCAGAGGAAAAGCAGAUGCGAUGCAGGUCCCAGGGAUGGAAGAGCAGAUAAAGGGAAGAGCACAGCCGGCCCCGUGGAAGGGAAAGUAGUGAUGGGGAAGAAGGGAGUGCGCUCGGAGACUCAGCCUUCUGUCAUCCAGAUGAAGCAACCUUCUGGGGAAAGGGCCGCUGGUUUUACAUCCGGUACGGUGAUGUCUCCUAGUGCUCGGUGGAGUGACUUGAUUGAGAAGGAGAAAGGGGAAUUUCAUCCAUCCCUAAAGCAGAAGCCACUGCGUAGCUGGGCUUCGGUUGUGGAAGGGAAUAGGGAUAUUAGUAAAGGAUGGGAUUUGCAAUUUAUGAAACCUCAAGAUCCAACAGGUGCUGUGGUUAUUACUGAGGAUGAGUGGGUUAAAGGGUCAAAGAUUUGGGAGAAUGCUCUCGUUGGGUAUGUUCUGGGAUCUAAACCUGAUUUUAAGGAUGUUGCUAAUUUUGUGAAUAACAGGUGGAGGGAAUUCCAGGUGCCUAAGGCGUUUAUGUUGCGAAAUGGAGUUUUCUUGUUUGAUUUUGGUAAUGCAGAUGCAAAACAGGCGGUGCUAGAGAGGCGAUGGACAUUUAAAGGGCACCCUUUGAUUUUGAAACAGUGGACUCCAUAUUUUGAUCCUAACAAUUUGGAAAUUAGUAAGAUUCCUGUCUGGAUCCAAUUUCCUAAACUCCAUUUGAGCCUUUGGAACCCCGAGAGCUUAGGAAAGCUAGCAAGCUAUGUGGGAGUUCCUAUUGCAACUGAUGCAUUAACAGCUAAAAGGCAAAGAGUGGCUUAUGCUCGUAUGCUAGUAGAGAUGGAAAUCAUGGACACUUUGCCCCGUGUAGUUCCUAUUAUUGGUCCUAAGGGUGUGUCCCAGCAGCCUGUGGUCUUUGAAUGGGAGCCUGUUAGAUGUGGUAAAUGUAGAAACCUGGGGCAUGAAGAGAGAAACUGUACUGCUAAGGAAAAAAAAGUGCAAACUGCUACUAAUUCAGCAAAUGUGAAGCAGAGUACACUUUCACAUCCUUCUGGAAAGCUGAUAGGGGAAAGCAAUGAGCAAAGUCCAGUGCUACUGGAAGUGGGAGCUAUGAAGUCAGUGAAUCUACAGAAUGAGACUAGUAUUGGCACAGGGGAUAAAGAGAUGAUGCAAAAGGCAGCAGGGGGAGAAUCUUCUGUAAAUUUGAGGGUGACUGAAGUAAUACAAACAGACCAAUUGCUACAUGCUGAAGUAUGCUCUGCAGUUGGGGACGUUAAAUUUUUGUGCACAAUUGUCUAUGCUUUUAAUACUUUUGAUGGUAGAGUAGCAUUAUGGGAUCAAGUUAGAGCUCUAGACGUUGAAAAUGUGCCAUGGAUAAUUUCUGGAGAUUUUAAUACAACUCUAAAUUAUGGUGAAAGGGUGAAGCCUAGUGGAGUUGUUUGGGGAGAUACCUCAAAGCUCAAGGAUUUUGUCAAUAGAAUGGAGGUUUUUGAUUUGCAAUUUUCGGGUGCUUUCUUCACUUGGAGUAAUAAGCAAGGGGAAAAUGACAGGGUAAUGGCUAAUUCAACAUGGGUUAGUGCAUUCCCAAAUACUUCUGUUGUCUUUCUAAAUCCACAAUCCCCAGAUCACUCACCCUCAUUAGUGACUGUGGAUGUAUUGAUGAACGAGAAACCAAGGCCAUUUAGAUUCUGCAAUGCUUUGUCUAAGGAUGAAAACUUCCUUGAUCUGGUUAGGGAAGCUUGGAGGGUGGAUAUUCAGGGAUGCCCUAUGUUUGUUGUAGUGCAGAAAUUGAAAUUGGUAAAACAGAAGAUGAAGCAGUUGCAUAAAAAUAGAUAUGGAAACUUGGAGGGAAGAAUAAAAGAUAUGGCAGCAGAGCUACAAAAUGUUCAAGCUUCCAUGCAGAAUGCUUUAUUUGAUGAGACUUUGGUUGCAAAUGAAAAGGAACUUCAACAUGAAUUAACUAAGCUUGAGAGAGCCAAUCUGUCCGUAAUUGCCCAACGAGCAAAAGUAACUUGGCUAAAGGAGAUGGACUCUAAUUCUGCUUAUUUUCAUGCUAAAGUAAAGGAGAGGCAGCAUAGAAGUGUUAUUAACUCCAUCUUGAAUAGUGAAGGAGUUAGAGUGACUCAGCCUGAACUUAUAGAACAAGAGUUUUUAAUGUUCUAUCAAAACUUGUUUGGAAAGGCAAAAGAAGGUGUUCAAGCAGUUGAUAUGAAUGUUAUCCGCAGGGGCAGAGUGUUAACUACAGAAGAGUCAGAAGAGUUGUGCAGGCCAUUUACUAUUAAGGAAGUGGAGAGUGCCUUAUUUUCAAUUCCUUCUAACAAGUCACCGGGGCCUGAUGGAUUCACCUCAGGGUUCUAUAGAGCAACUUGGUCAAUAAUUAAAAAUGAUGUCACGGCUGCUGUGUUGGAUUUCUUUGACAGUGGGAAAAUCCUCAAGCAAAUUAAUGCCACCAAUAUUACUAUUGUUCCAAAGGUGAGUUGCCCAAAUGUUGUCAGUGAUUAUAGGCCAAUAGCUUGUUGUAAUGUCAUCUACAAGGUGAUAUCAAAGCUUUUAACCCAGAGGAUUAAUGAAGUGCUGAGCAUGCUGGUUAGCAAUAAUCAAACUGCAUUUGUGAAGGGCAGAUCUAUAACGACAAAUUUAUUGAUUUGCCAAGAUCUAGUGAGGAACUAUCAUAGAAGCAAGGGGCCAGCUAGAUGCUUAAUGAAAAUUGAUCUACAAAAAGCAUAUAAUUCAGUGGAUUGGGGUUAUGUUAAGGCAAUGUUAAGAGGGCUGAACUUCCCUGAUAGAUUUAUUAACUGGCUUAUGCUUUGUGUUUCUACUACCAAAUUUUCUGUAUUGAUAAAUGGACAGCCAAAGGGUUAUUUUCAGGGGCGACGAGGGCUUCGACAAGGUGACCCAAUCUCACCUUAUCUAUUUGUGCUAGUGAUGGAAUAUCUCACAAGGAAAUUGAAGGAGUUAGAUAUGCAGGAGAAGUUUAAAUAUCAUAGUAAGUGUCAAGUGAUGCAACUUACGCACUUGAUCUUUGCAGAUGACAUUAUGCUUUUUUGUAAGGCUGAUGAGGAGUCCAUUGUUUUGAUGAUGCAAAAGUUUGAGGAGUUUGCCUGAGUCUCUAGGUAGAGUUCAACUAGUUAACUCUGUUUUAUUCCACAUUCAAGUUUUUGGAGUGGUGCUUUAUUGAUUCCUAAGAAAGUGUUAAAGCUAAUUGAUGCUGCUUGUAGAAAUUUCAUUUGGUGUGGUAAAUGGAAUUAUAAUGCAAUGUCUCUUGUAGCAUGGGAUGAUGUAUGUGUGCCAAGGAAAGAAGGGGGACUAGGGGUGAAGCAAUUGCUGCAUUGGAAUAAGGCAGCAUUAGGCAA